AGUGUUCAAGGCACUCAUGCCACUCGGCAAGAUGCAAGGAAAGUCAUGCUAGUCGACAAGAGGCAAGAGGAGUGGCUCAUGCCAAUCGACAAUUGAAGAAAGUAGCCCAUGCCACUUGGCAUUUGAAGACCAAGAUUCACUCUCAGUCGGCAAGUGGCUCGCCUGGCCACUUCUACUUGGCAA